AUGUCACUGAGCGACCACCCUAAGGCCUACGGCACCGCCGCCAUCGCCGUCGCCUUCGCGGCCGGCGUCGCCGCUACCCUCGGCUUCAAGGAGCUGUACCCCGAGCUCGAGUCCCGAUACCAGCACAAGAGCGCCGUCGUUGGCAGCCGUCGCCGCUCGGCAGCCGAUCCCCGGCGAAGCAGCUUGUUCUGGAGCGCGCCGGUGCAGCUCGAGGAUCACGAUACCAAGACGGCGUCAUCGUCGUCGCUGGUUCAUGCGCCGGAGAUUGCGACGAGUGGCAUCGAGGGGUGCAUCGGCAACACGCCGCUGAUUCAGAUCCAGUCGCUGUCAAAGGCCACGGGACGGGUCAUCCUCGCAAAGGCAGAGUUUCUCAAUGGCGCGGGCAACAGCCCCAAGGACCGUGUGGCGCUCAACAUGAUUGUCGAGGCCGAGAAGCAGGGCCUCCUGACGCCUCACCAGGGGGACACCAUCUACGAGGGCACCGUCGGCAGCACGGGCAUCUCGCUGGCGACGCUGGCGCGCGCAAAGGGAUACAAGGCGCACAUCUGCAUGCCGGACGACCAGGCGUUUGAAAAGUCGGACCUGCUGAUGCACCUCGGCGCGACCGUGGAGAGGGUCCCCGUUGCGCCGAUCACGAGCCCGGAUCACUUUGUCAACCUGGCGCGGAGGCGGGCCAUCGAGCACACACGCUCGUCCGCGGACGGCAGCAAGGGCUUCUUCGCGAACCAGUUCGAGACGGAGUCCAACUGGCAGGCCCACGUCGUCAGCACCGGGCCCGAGAUCUUCCAGCAGACGGACGGCGAGCUCGACGCCUUCGUCGCGGGCGCGGGCACCGGCGGCACCAUCUCGGGCGUGGCGCGGUACCUCAAGCUCGAGGCCAAGAUGGACAGGCUGAAGGUCGUCCUGGCGGAUCCCCAGGGCAGCGGGCUGUACAACAAGAUCAAGCACGGCGUCAUGUACUCGCCCACCGAGAAGGAGGGCACGCGGCGCAGGCAGCUCGACGACGCUGUCAAGGUCACCGACGAGCAGGCCUGCCGCAUGGCCAGGUGGCUCGUCGAGAACGACGGCAUCUUUGUCGGGAGCAGCAGCUCCGUCAACUGCGUUGCCGCGGUCGUGACGGCCAUGACCCUGCCGCCGGGGAGUCGCGUCGUCACGCUCCUGUGCGAUUCGGGGACGCGGCAUCUGAGCAAGUUCUGGAAGCACAUCAAGGAGAUGGGCUUGGAAGAGGAAGGGGAGCCGACGGAUUUGUUUGCCGAGUUGGGGAUAUCCAAGCCAUGA